AGUAAACAAACGCGCAUAUAUCUAGCGGUAUACCCCGAGACGAGCGUCAGAAAGUAUCCAGACAGCAGACCUUAAAAAGCUAUCCAUCUAGAGUUGGUCAUUGCAUCAAAUACAAGAACAAUUAAACACCGUCAGAUAAAAGACCAGGUGAAGUGAGAUACCUAUCUAGGUCGAGUAUAGAAAUUAUACAAAAUUCAUUAUCAAGAUGUGGAGAUACCAGGGUCAAAACGAUUCGAGUCACAUCGAACCAGGGCCAUUCUGAAAUGACCUCCCGGUCGAGAUCGAUCUAAAUCGUACCCUUUAUUUGACGUCAAUUUGACUAAAAAGUUGAAUUCAGUUGUACUGGUAAUUAUGAUACCAUUCAACCACAAUUAUUACAUGGUAAUUUGUCUGGUAAUACAAGUAAUACCUCAGAUGGUACUUUGUCUGGUAAUACAAGUGGUACCUUAGAUGAUACUUUGUCUGGUAAUACAAGUGAUACCUCAGAUGGUACUUUGUCUGGUAAUACAAGUGGUACCUUAGAUUAUACUUUGUCUGGUAAUACAAGUGAUACCUCAGAUAUGAAAGAUACAAGUCAACUACAACAACAAUUAUUUGAUGCCUGUCAACAUGGUACUUUUGAUGAUAUAAAAAACAUGGUGAACAUAGAUGUUAACUUCAGAGGCUGGGGGGGCCAGACAGCGUUAUUUUACUGUUGUAUAUCACGUGUAAGUCCUGUAGAUAAAAUACAAUUUCUAGUCAGUCAUCAGGCUGAUAUUAACGCUAGAGACGGGUUUAAUAAUACCAUCUUACACAGGGCAUGUGAGUUCGGUACUUUAUCUACAGUACGACAUCUUGUUGAUGAUUUACACAUGGAUGUUAAUACAACAGGUUUUCGGAACCAGACACCGUUAAUUUACUGUUGUGCAUCAAGUGUAAGUCCUGUAGAUAAAAUACAAUAUCUAGUCAGUCAUCAGGCUGAUAUUAACGCUUUAACCAGUAUUAAUAAUACCAACUUACACCUGGCAUGUAACUAUGGUACUUUAUCUACAGUAGAGUAUCUUGUUGAUGAUUUACACAUGAAUGUUCAUACAACAGGUUAUAACAACCAGACACCGUUAUUUUACUGUUGUAUAUCACGUGUACGUCCUGUAGAUAAAAUAAAAUAUCUAGUCAGGCAUCAGGCUGAUAUUAACGCUAGAGACAGUUAUAAUAAUACCAACUUACACCUGGCAUGUAACUAUGGUACUUUAUCUACAGUAGAGUAUCUUGUUGAUGAUUUACACAUGAAUGUUCAUACAACAGGUUAUAACAACCAGACACCGUUAUUUUACUGUUGUAUAUCACGUGUACGUCCUGUAGAUAAAAUAAAAUAUCUAGUCAGGCAUCAGGCUGAUAUUAACGCUAGAGACAGUUAUAAUAAUACCAUCUUACACUUGGCAUGUUGGUUUGGUACUUUAUCUUCAGUACAAUAUCUAGUUGAUUGUUUACAUCUAGAUCUACAUGUCAAGAAUAAAUAUGGUAAAACCCUUCUAGGUUAUUGUAGGAUGUCAGACACUGAACAAGAUGAAAAGAUCAAAUAUAUCACAGAUCAAAUGAAUAAUUCAUAAUAAUUCAUGUAAACUAGUCAACAUAAUGUUAUUGUCUCUAAUCAUACAAUUUACAGUUUUAUUGUCUCUUGUCAACAGUUAAAACUACUGAUGACGUAUUAUACUGUCUGUAGUCAACAGUUACAACUACUGAUGACGUAUUACACUGUCUGUAGUCAACAGUUAAAACUACUGAUGACGUAUUACACUGUCUCUAGUCAACUACUGAUGACGUAUUAUACUGUCUGUAGUCAACAGUUAAAACUACUGCUGACGUAUCACACUGUCUCUAGUCUACAGUUAAAACUACCGAUGACGUAUUACACUGUCUGUAGUCAACAGUUAAAACUACUGAUGACGUAUUAUACUGUCUGUAGUCAACAGUUAAAACUACUGAUGACGUAUUUGUACUUUAUCUACAGGACUAAAACUGUGUAUAUAUUUAUUGUUUAAUUUAUUCAAAAUGUCUUCAAUAUUUUAUUUGUAUAUAUUUAUUUUUAAUGAAUAAUACUGUUUACAAAAACUCGUGUUUAUUUGUAUACGUCUACAUUCAUAACGUGAAAAAAAUUAUGCGUCGCCGCUAUCUCUAGGU